UUCCUCCCGGACGUGGAGCCGCGGGCGCUGCCGGAGAGAUGAACCCCAAAAUCUGCCUGAGCCUCAGCAGAGCCUUCCUCGGCCUCAUCAACCUCCUCUUCUUCGCUCUCGGCUGCCUCCUGUUCGCCAUCGGCCUUUGGCUGUUCCUCCACCGCCAGAGCUUCGCUGCCCUCCUGGUACUUCGGGCUCCUCGUGCUGCUCCUGGCGGCCCAAGUGACGCUGGCGGUGAUGGGGUACACACAGCGCGACGGCGUGGCGGCCGCGGUGGCGGCGUCGGCACAGGGGCUGAUUCGGGGGUACCCAUCUCUGGGCCCCCCCGGGGACCCCCACGAGAGCUGGGACGCCCUCCAGCAGCAGCUGGGCUGCUGCGGCUGGACGGGGCCGCAGGACUGGGACCCCCCCGGGGCUGUCGCCUGCUCCUGUCUGCGGGUGCCCCACGGGCGCCCCACGGCGCUGCCCCACGGCCGCUGCCCCACGGCGGACCCACGGCAGCUGUUCCGCACGGGCUGCGCCGACGCCGUGUGGGGGUGGAUCGCCGAGAACCUGCUCACCGUGGUGGGGGGCAGCGUAGGCCUCGGGCUCCUGGAGCUGUUCCUGGCGACGCUCUCGAUGUUUCUGCGCGACGCGGCGACAGCCUCGGCCUCCAGGAGUUCGUCCUCGACCGCCUCUUCGCCGCCUGCGACCCCGCGGACACAGGGCUGGUGCCGGCGCAGCGGGUGGUGCGGUACCUGCAGGAGGUGACGGGUCAGAGCGGCGAGGAGUGCCGGCUGCGGGUGCUGCACCGCAUGCUGGACCGCGAGGCCGCCGGCGCGGCGCUGGAUUUACCCGCCUUCCUCGCCGUCAUGAGGCAGUGGAUCGCGCUGUGCCAGCACGACGGGUCAGUGGCCGCCAACCGCCGCCGGAACGCGGUUCCUGACGGGCCGGACGGCGUUACCGGCGCUUCCCACCUCCGCAGGGACUCGUGGUUCACUGAGGAGAGCGCCGCGCCGCCGGACGACCUCGGCCUUGCGCUGGCGGAGGCGGAAGGACUGACGGCGCCGGCGGCUGCGCCGCUGGAGGACGACGGCAGCGACACGGACACCGCGAGCCCCAGCGAAGCCGCCAUCCUGCGCAGCCGUGCCGAGCAGCUCGCGGCCCGCAACGCCAAACUGCAGCGCGACGCCGAGUCGGCCGAGGAGCUCAACGCCCGCCUGGCCGAGGAGACGGCACAGCUGGCGGCGCAGCUGCGAUGCAGCCAACGGGCGCUGGAGCACGCCAAGGACGCCGCUGCAGACAUGGACGAGCUGCGGGCGACGGCGAAGGCGCUGGCGGAGGAGAACGGCGAGCUGCGGCGGCAGGCGCGGCACCUGGUGAGGGACGCGGCGUCCGACGCCGAGUGGUGUGGGGCCACGCGGCUCAGCGCCGUCGCUCCGCAGGAAAAGGAGCAGCGGGAGCUGCGCUCGCGCGCCGACGGCCUCUGGGACGAGAACCAGCGGCUGCUCGGCGAGGGCCGCGGGCUGCGGGAGCGCGUCGGCGCGCUGGCGGCCGAGACCGCUGACAUGGGGGUGAGCGGCGGCGCCGCGUUAAGCGCUAACGAAGCCGGUGCCCAUCCGCCCUCCCGGCAGCGGUGUCUCCCUGCGCUCAGGCUCAGCUACGGCACUGCGCGGCGGUUCUCUCCGAACGCAACGCGGCUCUCACCGAGGUGGGAGACGCGCACGGCUCCGGCGCCGCUGAUGGAUGCGCCGAAGCCUUCACCGCCGCCCGUUCGCAGGCCGAGCGUCGCGCCGAGGAGAUGGCGGCGGCGCUGGAGGAGCGCGAGCGGGAGCUGCAGGAGCUGCGGCAGGAGGCGGCGCGGCGGCGGCGGCAGGACGCCUCGGCCACCCGUCCCCGGCAGUGUCUCGGCGUCGCCGACGUACCGGCGCAGCCGCUUGGCGCCGAGAUGGAGGCGACGCUGCGGGAAAUGGCGGCGGCAGCGGAGGACGAUGGUGCGGUGGCGUCGCCGGGAGCGGUGGGGGGUGACGGUGCGGCGCCGGAUGAGCCGCGGCGGUACCGCGAUGGCGAUGGGAGGUGAGAGCGCGAGCGGUGAAUGCAGCGACGCGGCAGAGGUCGAGGCCUGCGGUGAGCGGCACCGCUCGGUCCCUCCCAGCAGAGCCCCGGUGCCACCGCUGCUGCGCUUACUGGUGUUACUGGUGUUACUGGUGGGACUGGUGGGAGUGGGGCUCCUGCUCCGCGGCAGAGUCCCCUGGCCCCAACCUGGCCUGCGGCACCGCGGACCCCCACCCGCCUGACCGCCCCGGCACGGCGAUCCCAGUCCCCCCAGUUCCCCCCAGUUCCACCCAGUUCCCUCCCAGUUUCCCUUCUGCCUCUCCCCAGUCCAGCCCAGUGCUCCCAGUUCCCUCCCAGUUCCUCCCAGUUCUCUUCUGCCUCUCCCCAUCCCAUUCCAGUGCUCCCAGUUCCCUCCCAGUUUUAUCUCUGCCUCUCCCCAGUACAGCCCAGUGCUCCCGGUUCCUUUCUGCUUCUCCUCAUCCCACCCCAUCCCAGUGCUCUCAGUUCCCCUCUCCCCAAUCCAGCCCAGGGCUCCCAGUCCCUCCCAGUUCCCUCCCAAUUUCCUCCCAGUUUCCCUUCUGCCUCACCCCAUCCCAUCCCAGUGCUCCCAGUUCUGUCCCAGUUCCCCUCUGCAUCUCCCCAGUCCAGCCCAGUGCUCCCAGUUUCCUUCUGCCUCUCCCUCUCCCCAUCCCAGUGCUCCCAGUUCCCGUCUCUCCCCAUCCCAGUGCUCCCAAUUCCUGUCUCUCCCCAUCCCAGUGCUCCCAGUUCCCGUCCCUCCCCAUCCCAGUGCUCCCAGUUUCCCCAGUCCGCGCUCAGUCGGGGCUCUCAGUAUCACCUUUAUGCCUCCCCAUUCCCUCAGUUCUGGGGGGUCCGGGGGGUCCCCACUGGGGGGGGGGGAGACCCCAGAGACCCCCCUGGACCCCCUCAGACCCCCCCCGACCCCCCCAGAGCUGAUUCCGUCCCGGCCGCUCACGUCCCGUCCUGCUCCGAUUCCGGGGGCCCCUGGGGGGGAGGCACCACACU